AUGGCCGUGGCUCAGGGGGUUCAAAAGAUUCUGCUUGAUAGCACGCACUUCAACGAUAUCCGCAAUACGAUCAGCUCGAGGCAUGUGGCGUGGGACGCGCUGGUGCGGUCGGCCGAGCUGAGCGAGUUUGACGCGGGGAUUGCCAAGAAGCUCGAGUCGACGUUGUUGAAACACGCGCGCGGCGGCGCGCUGGAUCUGCCGCUGGAACAGGGCGUGCAGGCGCUGGUGCACCUGCUGGCGACGUCGAACAACCUGGAUGCGAAGCGGGCGGUGCUGAACCUGCUGUCGGAGCUGUUCACGAGCGACAAGUACGUGCACGAGGUGCUGCGGUACUUCAAGAAGGGCCCGGAGCUUGUGCGCAAGCUGUACGAGUCGACACUGACGGACAGCGCGGCGGACGACCAGUUCGUGCUGCUGUCGUGCUUCAACGUUGUCUCGCUGCUGAUCCAGGAGGGGCUGCAGAGCGAGGAGCUGGUGGAGGCGCUGGUGUCGAACCCCAACUACCUGCGGGUUCUGACUAAUCUGGAGCGCAUGGAGCUGGCAUACGUGUGCAUUCGCUUGCUGCAGGAGCUGGUGGCCGUGAAGCGGUACCGGAGGCUGGUGUGGAAGCACAGCGCCAAGUUUGUGCCGGUAAUAUUCCAGAUCAUCGACUGGGCGCUGGACGGGAGGUCUUCCACGCGGGUAGUCCCCACGAACAGCAACAACCUUGGCAUCCAGGCACAGUACUACGCGCUGCUGACACUUUGGCUCCUCAGCUUUGAGCCGCAAAUUGCCGCCGACCUGUCCCACACGUAUCUGUCGGAGCUUCUCAAGCUGUUCAAGCUGGUGAAGGUCACAAUCAAGGAAAAGGUUACCCGCUUGUCCAUUGCCAUUCUUCUGAACUGCGUCGCCGCGCAGGUCAAGGGCCGCAAGGCCACCAUAAAAAACCUGCUGUUGCUGGGCUCCGGCUUGCCUAUACUCCAGCAACUGAGCGAGCGCAAAUACAGCGACGACGAAUUGCGCGAGGAUCUGUCCCAACUACACGGUAUCCUCGAAUCGGAGUACCAUGAGUUGACGUCCUUGGAUGAGUACGUUGCGGAACUGGACUCCAAGCUGUUGGUAUGGUCGCCACCCCACACCGACAACACGUUCUGGUCGGAGAACGCGCACAAGUUCAAGGAGGAGAACUGGAAGCUGUUCAAGCAGCUGAUAAACGUGUUGAAGGAGCUCAGCACAUCGCACGAUAGCAGCGACAACGUCGCACUGCAGGUAGUCCUCAACGACAUCACCCACAUCGUGGAGCUACAGCCCGAGUGCGUGGAUAUCCUUGGAAAGCUCAAUGCGAAGGUCAUAAUCAUGGAAUUGCUAAACCACCCCAACUCCAAGGUGAAGUACGAGGCGCUAAAGACCACGCAGGCAUUCGUGGCUAACACGUUCAAGUGA